UGCUUAUGUACUGAUAAAUGACAGCUGGACUAAAGGCUUGUUUCUAUAUAAUCGUUGGUGAACCGCUCAAGAAUCAGUUGUGUUUAUUUACGACUCCCGUUUCCAGUUGAUCGUCACGAUCGAUACGGAGUAAAAGUUAUAAUGUUCUAGGUGAUCUAUAUUGUUACAUUCUGACACUUUACAUCACAGCAAUCGCCUAACAUUCUCUGCAAAGUGCCUUGACUAUGUGAUCGCAGAGACAAUUGAGGUAUUUCUCCGCUAUUGUUGUCGCAAUUGUCGCAACUUUCGAGCCGGCUGGUGAUCAGUUGUUUCAAUGAAAUCACUGAAGACUUAUUUUCAGCUAUCACAAUGCACUUAUGGGUCGAAACCAGCCUCUACAUGGUUUGACGUGUUUUGCUGUCCUCGUUUCGCUUUCAAACUGGGCCAUUUAUUAUUAACAGCUAACCUGGAGGAUUUCAACACAACCAGCUGAGACUCAACUUCUGUCGGAUAUCACAGCGUAUUAGGAAUAAUUUACACUUCGCCUUUUCACCGAAACUUUAAGCUGCAUCGAAUGAUACAUUCAUCUCGCUGUUACUGAACAGGAGAGAGCGAGCGAGUAGUUUUGUAUUACAUGACAACGAAGUCGAAUCAAUUGACGAUACACAUUAUUAAAAUGCCACUUGAUUUGACUUCGGGAGAAUUCACCGUUCUGUUUUCCUUUAUAGCGAGAUUUCUGGAACUUGGAUUAAAUUCCGAGGAGACUGAUAAGGCGGCUCACGAAGAAACGGAAAUAUGACGCAUCAGACAUCACUAUUGAAAUAAGAUUCUAUUCUUCGUUCGUUCAAAGGUCAAAACGACAAGAUUGGUUUUGAAUGUGCUUUGCUGAAGGAGAAAAUGGAAAACCAAGUCGGAGAUUUUAAAAUUAGUAGGAAACAAAUCAUCCACACUUUUGACUUCAAUAAUGAUUAUCAGAAUGUGGAAUUCACUCAUGUCAUGACGACUGACUGCUACCGCCGAGGGAGACCUUACAAACUGUUCAGGUUUAAUGGGGGAAGUCAGGUGCAGAUUACUUUUGAUCUGCCAGAGAAUGUUAAGAAACCAACUCGUCUCCAUCUGACCGUCACGGAAGGUUGCUGGAGUGGAAUGAUGGAUAUUUUCUUGAAUGACACCCUUUGGAUUGAGAGACAUAAGAGUGCUGGGUCCAACUGGCAAACCCGUGAAAUAACUUUGGAGGUGGAUAGGGAACGGUUACGCGCCCAGAACAAUUCUAUCACCAUGAAGCUACGUGAAGAUGCUGUAAACGUCUACUGGUUGGCAGACGCUAUCAUAGAAGUGACUUAUACUGUUCCAUCUACACUCGUUGACAUCACUGCCAAUGCUGUGGCGAGAAUGAUCAGGAAUGGACAAAUUCCGGAGGAAGUAAUUAACAUCAAACAAAAUCUUCCAACAGAGGUUGCAAACAUUAUUUAUGAGUGGAUGUAACAGAACUGGUUAUUUUGCCUUUUUUUUCAAAAGGAACGUUUUUAAAUAACCGCCUCUUUGAACGGUUUCACUUGAGUGUCGAAGGUAAAUUGUAUUUGCUUUGGUUUGGUUUUCAAACAAUUGGCUUAAAGAAAGUCGGGCCACUUUUUCAUCCAAUCAGAAGUAAAACCAGAAUCAAUCUUGAUUCAUGUCUCACUCGCAUGCGUUUUUUCGCGCUUAGCGUGAGCUUCAUGUCAUUGCUUUGAGUUUUGAUUGGUUCACUGUAUUGUGUAAUUUGUGAUUGGCUAGAGUGAUUAAUGGUUUUGGUAAUACGACGCUUUAAAUACUAUUAGUAGAAUUCUACUAGUAUACUAAUGCAAAUGCUGCAGUCUGAUUGGCUGAGCUACUCGUACACUAUCAGCCAUAGAGUGCAGUGGCUGUCUGUCCUCUACGAAAUGGCGACGCUUCCUCGUUUUCUCGAUAUUUUGGAGGAACGUUUAGAUGCACAUGGACAGUUAAAUUCCCGAGAAGACUAAAAUAAGUUAAUUAACGAUAUUGUGACUUAAAAAACUUGAAAUUAUUGAAAAAAAAAAAACAAGUGCUCACGCGUAAACAACUGCAAAUUUCCAAUGAAAAUUUAGUGCAGGCGAUAUUGUUGUGGCGUGAGUUUAAUAAUAAGUACAAAAAUAAUUGGAAACCGUUAUUUGCGUCAAUUUCGGUUAGAAUUCUACUAAAACA